AUGAAUGCAAAUAGAACUGACUGGUCUCGAAGAUUAGAUGACGCACUAUGGGCGUAUUGCACUGCAUACAAAACUCUGAUCGAUAUGUCAUCGUAUCAGUUAGUUUUUGGGAAAACUUUCCAUUUACCAGUCAAGUUGGAACAUAAAGCAAUGUGGGCAUUGAAAGCUCUAAAUCUGGACUGGACAAAAACUUCAAAGGAGAGAGUAGAGCAGUUAAACGAGUUGGACGAAUUCAGGUUUAAAGCUUACGAAAGUUCAGCUCUCUAUAAGGAAAAGAUGAAGAAAUGGCAUGAUGUUAUAAUACUUAAGAGAGAGUUUAAGUGGAUUUAUGAGCGAGACAAAGUACUCUUGGUGAAUCGCCGAAUCACUUCCACGAGUACAAUUCAGUUCACCUUAUGGCUUCUAAUGAAAUGGGCUAAGAUUAUGGAGCAUUUGAUGGGACACCUUCACCAUUCGGUGUAG